CAUCCACCCGUCCCUGUUCGGAUUGUGAGUCCUCUUCCUUCGCUUUUCCACCACGCUCCAAGGUCCUCCUUUUUUUUCUAGCACGACCUCCCAGGAUCCCAUGUCCCAACCAGAUACUCACGACACCAAGUCCAAGUCUAGCUCAGACGACCACGAUGCCCGACCCAGCGCCCCUCCGCCCUCCAAGGAGUACUUCCAAUCUUCCGGUGUAAACCGCAUGGAAGCCAUCUAUCGAGCCUCGCAACGUUCAGGAGGAAGAGCAAUGUUGUGGGCCCUCGGACUUUCUGUCCUCGUCUGCGCAUGGGCCUACUCCCUCGACACCUCCACCACCACCAACUACGAACCUUUCGUCACCUCAAGCUUCCAACAACACUCCAACCUAGCAGCCCUCUCUAUCGCCACGAAAAUCAUCUCAUCUGUCUGCAAACCAUUCCUUGCGAAAAUAUCCGACGUUACCUCUCGCCCAUACACAUACAUCCUCGUCAUUCUGCUCUAUGUCAUGGGUUAUAUUAUCAUCGCUACCUGUCGGAAUUUCUCUGCCUAUGUCGUCGGUUCGGUAUUCGCGGCAAUUGCGAGCUCUGGAUUGGAUCUGUUGAAUGAUAUUAUCGUCGCGGAUUUGACGACUCUGGAGUGGAGAGGAUUCGUCAGCUCGAUUCUGUCGAUGCCGUUUGUUAUCAACACCUGGUUUGCGGGGGAGAUCGUCCAGGCUCUUAGUGAUGGGGAUGGUUGGAGGUGGGGGUAUGGAAUGUUUGCGAUCAUCAUGCCAGUUGUCAUUGGGCCCGCUAUCAUCACUCUCAUCUACCUUGAACGCAAAGCUCAAAAGUUGGGCAUCGUCAACAUGGCUUCUUCGAAUGCAGCACGCCGCGAAGCUCGCGAACUGGCUGAGAAGAAAGGCGAGAAGGGUCCUCACGGGCUUGUUGUAGCCGAAGUUGCUCCUACGAACCUCACUUGGAUCGAGCGCGUGAAAGCCAAUCUCGCCGAGAUCGACGCCUUUGGGUUGAUUUUACUCGGCUUUGGGUGGUCUUUGUUCCUCCUUCCGUUCUCUUUGAAGACCUACGCGAAGAAUGGGUGGAAGAACCCAUCGAUGAUUGCGAUGAUGGUCGUAGGAGGUAUCAUAUUGAUCUUGUUUGCGCUCUAUGAGAGAUUCCUUGCCGCCAAACCCAUCAUGCCUAGACGGUUACUUCUCAACAAGACCUUCAUGUGUGCCGCUGGGAUCGAUUUCUUCUACUUUAUGGCCGGCCAACUCCGAGGUCUAUACUUCUCUUCCUUCAUCUACAUCGUUGAAGAAUGGUCCAUCAAAAACUGGACAUACUUCAAUAACACCAUGACCAUAUGCCUCUGCGUUUUCGGUGUCGUCGCAGGCCUCAUCCUUCGCUGGACCCACAGAUACAAAACCCUCCAAAUCAUCGGUCUCUGCAUCAAAAUAAUCGGUAUCGGUAUCCUCCUCGACGGUAAAAAAGCCACCCGAAGCACCGCCGCUUUCGCCAUGUCCCAAGUCCUAAUCGGAGCAGGAGGAGCAUUCAGCGUUGUAGGCUCCCGGGUAGCUUCACAAGCUUCAGUCCCACAUCAAGACCUAGCUCUAUCCAUCUCCGUACUGUCCUUAUUCACUGGAAUUGGAUCUGCCGUCGGUUCAGCAUUGGCAGCUGUCAUAUGGACAAAUAAGAUGCCUGGACUGUUACGACAGAACCUUCCCAACACGGUAUCGAACGCGCAGGUGACGAGCUUUUUCAAAAAUAUACGUACGAUUCGACAAUAUGGUGCUUCUAAUCCGAUUAGAGCUGGUGCGAUUGUGGCUUAUAGGGAGACGUUGUGGUAUUUGGUGGUACCGGCGUUGUGUCUUUCGUUCAUACCGUUGGUGUUGGGUAUGUUGCAGACGAAUUAUUAUCUUGGGAAACAGCAGAAUGCUGUUAUGAAUGUUACGCCUGGUGGAGAGAAGGUGGAGGAGACGGGGGUGGAGGGGCAGGGAGGAGAGGAGACGUUUAAGGAGAGGUUUUUGAGGUUCUGGGCGGGAAAGUAGAAAUGUCGACUUUUUUUCUCUCUUGUAAACGCGCUUUUCAAUGAUAGCCAACUAGAUAGGUAGAGAUGGCAUAUUUCCUUUGUCGUGGUUAUGGAGGGGCUAUUAGCAUGAAUCGAAGUCCUUCUGAACGAAAGGAUCAGGAGGCAGACUAGAUAGCAUGCAUGGCAUAGGUUCUAGCUGGCAGACGUUCCUCCGGCAUACCGAAGUUCAACAUUCUCCGCUCUGAGUAUUGCUCGUAUUGCCAAUCACCGUUGCGACACUUUUCAAUGGAUGGAAGUAAUGAGUGGGGCUAUAG